UUUGAAAGGAAAUCUCAAUGAGAUCUAUCACUUCCGGUCUGGAGCUGCUUUUACAGAAGUAGAUAUUAUAAACAGUACUGGACUAAAGUAUUUGAUCGAUGCUUUAAAACAGUUUCGCUUUUACCAUAUGGUGGUUGAAUGUAGUAGCCUUAAAGUAAAUAUUGCCAUAGUUGUCGAAGAUGUUAGGAUUGGAUCUGUCAACUGGUGUGGAUGGUGUGGUCGAAAAACUCGAGAAGCUCCCCAAAGACUUGUUUGCAGAAACGCUUCAGUCAAUCCUGGUUAAUCUUUGGGAUCAGAACGGAGCAGUAGAUUUGAUUGAAUCCUGUGAUAAAUUUCAAAGAGCUGGGAUAAGCCUUGAUCAGAAAACUGUUCAAGAUAUUAUGAGACUGAUGUCAUACUAUUUUAGGUUAGCUGCAAAGAGCAAUCUCAGUGGGGAUGUAUUGGUCAGUAAAUUGACUGAAUGCAGCAGUAAUUGGUCCAAACCAACCCUACAGUUGGUGCACCAGCUCUGGACUGAGCAUGCUGCUCUUCUACAUGCACAUCAGGAGGUCCUGACAAUGGCUAGUAUCGGACAGCUUGUAGAUAUCCAGUGGAAACUGGGAAUGGCAGUGAGCUCAGAUACAUGUCGAUCCCUCAACUCCCCGUUCAUCUCUGUUCUGAUGAAAAUCGCAGACACAUCAGGGGAGAUGUCAUAUAAAUCCUUUGAGAUGACAGUUCAGCAGUUUCAGAACUUCUACAGGCAGUUCAAGGAAAUGGCCUCUGUUUUAGAGACUGUGUAAUAUUUUUAUAGUAGUGAUUGUGAACCAUUUAGUCUUUUAUGACCAAAUAUUUACAUUUAAGUACAGUAUUUAACAGUUUAACAACCUAAAUUUAUAGAAUUUUCCACCAACCUUUUAUUUUUUGUUCUACUGUUACAGUAUCUUCAAGGUUAAAAUUCUUAUUUUAUCAUAAUAAAUCGUGGUAUUGUUAAUGUUAGACAAUUUAUGAUGAUCUACUCUGUGGCCUGAAUUUCUGAAUUUGAUAUCUCAUAAUUAAAGAAAAAAAAAAACA